AUGAAGAGAUUUCGAAGACUUGUGAAGGGCAUCGGCGUGGCAGAUCCGGUUUCGCUCGGCGUAAAGUUCGAUAGCAACCUUGGCCGCGUUGCUGCCUAUCUCCAACCCGCCUUUUCCUCUUCCUCCUGCUUUUCCUCCUCCGAAAAUUCCACCGCCUUGUCCGUGUCUAUUGGCACUAUUUCUCAACGGCUGCACGAGCUUGUCAAAGGCGGGUUGGAGAUAGGCAGCAACACAGCCAAGGUUUCUAUUGAACUUUACGCCGAGCGAAACCGGAUCUAUCACGCCGAUGCCCUUCACAAGUCUUCGAAAGCUCUUCAUGAGCUAUUGGUAGAUGGGAAUCGUGAUUGGCCGAGCGAAGAGUUAGCAGAGAUUGUCAAGCUCUGGGUGCCAGCUGGUAAGUGGCGCAAAGACCACCAAGGUAAGUCAUCUAACAAGGUAGAGAAGGAGGAGAAAAAGCAGCAGGAGGAGGAAAAGCAGCAGAAGGAAGAAAAGCAGCAGGAGGAGAAAAGCAGGAGACUAAUCUGA